UCCUCGUCGCCUCUCGCCUUCCCCUGCGGACCAUGGGCGGCCGCUCGGCCGGGGCUGCUGCGCGCCGUCUCGGGGGGCUGCUGGGCUGAGGCGCGGCCGCCGGGGAGGGAGCCGCACACAAAGGGCGCCGCCAGACCCGCUCCUUCCUCCUCCGCCUCCCAACUUGGGCACCUUCAGAGGAGCUGUCCAAAGCUAGAGCCUCUGAGCCCUGUGGGAGCUGAAGUCAGAAAUACCUGAAGAAAAAUGCUUAAAUCCUCCCAUCUCCUCCUCCAUUUUUAGAGGGGAAUUUUUUUUAAAUCAUAUUUGAAGACUAUCUGCAGUGGAGUUGUGUCCCAACUUUGAAGUACAAGGAUUUUCAUAUGACUUCCACUUGCAGACCUCUGCCACUCGAGCCGACAGGAAAUGGACACUGUACUUCUCCUGAGCAGAAAGGGGGAGGUCCUUCCUCAAGGGUAAACAGCAGAAAGACAUCUGUGGAAACUUAGUGAAGUGAAGGAAGAGCAAGCGAACGUAUCGCACAGAAAUGGCUGUAUGGAUUUGGGCAUUGAGCAUUCUGAGCUACUCCUGUGUUACCUGUGCAUUAAGGCAUAAGACAUUUGAUUCGUUCACGAGUAGGACGGAGCUGAGCCAUCUAGCAGUGAAUCACGAGACAGGAACUGUUUAUUUAGGAGCUGUGAAUUUUCUGCAUCAACUGACAAAAGACUUGAAACCAUAUCCCACAAUAGGUGAUGUAUCAACCGGACCGCAUAAAGAUAACAAAAUGUGCACCCCUCCCAUUGAUGAAAGCCAGUGCACUGAAGCAAAGAUGACUGACAAUUACAACAAGAUUCUUUUGCUAGACACGCAGGAGAAAAAAAUCGUAGUUUGUGGGAGUCUGUUUAAAGGCAUUUGUUCCAUUAGGGAGCUCGAGAACAUUUCAAACAGAACGUACUAUGAGAAUGGCAGUGGAGAAAAAUCGUUUGUUGCAAGCAACGAUGAGAACGUAUCCACCGUAGGGCUCAUCACUUCUUUGGAAAAAGGUAGAAUGAUGUUUGUGGGAAAAGGGAAUGGGCUAAGUGACAAUGGGAUCAUAAUCAGUACCCGCCAGCUUUUUAUUGGGGAGGGGAGAGAGAUUUUUGAGUUAUAUGCAGAUCCUGCCGUUAUUAAAUCAGCGUACCCUUCCUCAAGCACACAAGAGUUUUUAUACAUCUUCGAAGACAACCGAUACGUGUACUUUAUUUUCAAUGAGCAUUUGAAACAGCCUCUUAAAAACCGGACAAUCAUUGCACGGCUUUGCAAAGAAGACGAAUACUAUCAUUCCUACUUCGAAAUGGACUUGGAAUGUAAAGAUGAGGGUGGCCCUUAUAACCAAUGCAAUGCGGUUUAUGCGGCCGUGCCUGGGCAGAUUAUUUUGGAGAAUAUCACACUCUCAAGGCAAGAUGAUGUCGCCCCAUCAGAGAAAAUACUGGUCGCCCUCUUCCGGAGGAUCAACAAAGAGAGAAAUUCCGUGGAAUCUGCUUUGUGCAUGUUUCCCUUGGGACGGAUCAAUCAGAUAAUGGAAGAAAAAAGGGAGAAAUGCUACUUCAAGGCACAUGGACAGGAUGUUUUUUACAAGCCGUUUGUAGCGGAUAGUGUCUCUUGUAUUAACAAAAAUCAACAGGAACUUCUUAGCAAAACUUUUCCGUGUGGUUCUGAACAUUUACCAUACCCUCUGGGAAGCAAAGAGGGAAUUACAACUGAUCCCCUGUUGAAAAAGGAAGGUGUUGAGUUAACUGCAGUGACCUUUGCAGUAGAGAAUAAUCACACCAUAGCAUUCGUAGGAACUUCAGAUGGCAGAAUACUUAAGAUAUUUCUGGACAGUUCUGCAAAGGAGUAUGGUGGUGGUGUGCUUGAAAAAAACCAAGCUAUUAAGAAGGAUCUUGUCCUUGAUGCUUCCCAAGAACACUUGUAUGUGAUGACUGCAAACAAGGUGUUUCGAUUGCCUGUUCAGGAAUGUGAUAUUUAUACUACCUGUGAUCAGUGUAUUAAUACUCAGGAUCCUUAUUGUGGUUGGUGUGUAACAGAGGGAAAGUGCUCAAGGAAAAAAGACUGUGAAAGAUCAGCUAAGGCAAACAAUUGGCUCUGGAGCCCGGAUGGCAUUUGCUUGACUAUUACAAAAGCUCAUCCACAAAACAGGAGUCGGAGGGUCCCAGGCAAGGUAGAAUUGACUCUAAGCCCUUUGCCAGACUUAAAUGAAGAUGACCAACUGCAGUGUCGCUUUGGUGAAACGAGUCAUCGGGCAGAGUUAAUAGGUGAAGCUAUUAUCUGUUAUCCUCCAGAAGUAAUCCCUCCGACACCUGAAGGCCAAGAUCAUGUCUUAGUUCCACUGCGUCUUACCUUUGGCCAUGGUAUAUUUUUUGCAUCAAGCACAUACCCUUUUUAUGACUGUGGAGAAGCUAUAAAUCUUCUGAAAAAUGAACCAUGCUUCUCCUGUGCAAGCAGUAGAUGGAAUUGUGAGUGGGACUGGCAUAAUCAUAGUUGUGAUGACUCAUCCUUAAAAGAAGAUGUGAUUAAACAGAAUAUGGAAGAAGAAUGUCCACAGUUUCUUAAUCCUGAUCCUGAAAUAAUACCUAUGGAUUACAUAACAGAAGUACAUUUUGAAGGGAAGAAUCUAGACAAUUAUCAGGAUAAGUCUUUCACUAUUGGGAAUGAGAAAUUUAACUUUGAGAGUCCUGUGGAACAGUCAUCCGCUGUAACUUUCUCCUUUAAAAGUCAAAGGUUUACUCAUGCAAGUGAAACUGUGCCACUUAAUUUAUACAUUAAAACAAACCAUGUCAAGAUUGACAGCAAAUUGAUGGUGACUUUAUACAGCUGUUCCUUUGGUCGGAGUGAUUGUAGCCUAUGUCUUGCAGCUGAUCCCAAGUACGAAUGUGUGUGGUGUGAAAACAGCUGUGUUUACACAAAAAUGUGCCGAACGCCUACUGUUACCUGUCCUCCUCCAGUUAUUACUCAGAUUGAACCAAAGAAUGGACCACUAAGUGGUGGAAUUUUGUUGACCAUAAUGGGAUCUAAUUUGGGCAUAAGAGCUGAAGAUGUCACAAAUAUAAUGGUGGCAGGCACUAAUUGUAUAUUUAAAGAAGAAUUCUACUCUGUUUCUACCAAGGUUGUAUGUAAAGUUGGAAGUGUUCAGGAAACUACAGAAGGUGAAAUUGUAGUUGACGUAAAUGGACAGCAAGGCAGAUCAACAGGUGAAGUGCAAUUUACAUAUCAGGAUCCACAACCUACAGGAAUACAUCCCCAAAAAGGUCCCCAAGCUGGAGGGACCGUCCUAACGAUCAGUGGCAUAAACCUGGACACUGGGUCAAGACAGGAUGUUAAUAUUUUCCUUGAUGAUGUGCCCUGUGAAGUUAAGCAAUUUGGUGAAGAAAUUGUUUGUGUUACUGGGUCAAAUACCAAGGUUGGGAAUGUUCUUGUAACAGUACAGCAUGGAGGAACUAAUAAAACAAUAAAAGAUCAACCCUUUACCUAUACAGAGAAUCCUAAAAUUGAUGGUAUCCACCCCAAAACAAGUAUACGCAGUGGAGGACGAAAUAUUACUGUAACUGGAAGUGGUUUUGACAUAAUUCAGAAGUUUUCCGUGGAAGUCUUAGUUGAGCCUUUUGGGGAUUUCUUAUCAAGGAAAAGGCGGAAAAGGCAGAUACAAGAAUCACAAAAGUUUGAAGGGAAAGUUGUCUCAAAAUUGAAUGACACUGCAAUAGUUUUCUUAUCUCCACCAGUAGUGGAGGAUCCAGAAAAGUAUAAAAUUGCUACAGUUAUUAAAAUGGAUGGGUACAAGAAGACAUUACAAGAUCCCUUGCAAUAUUUCCCUGAUCCAACCUUUGAAAACUUCACAGACGGUGUCAAGAAGCAAGUCAACAAACUGAUCCAUGCAAAGGGCAGUAAUCUGAACAAAGCCAUGACAAUCGAAGAGGCUCAGGCAUUUGUGGGAGAGCAACCCUGUAUCAUAAAAACCCUGACUGAGAAGGAUUUAUACUGUGAACCACCUGAAGUGCAGCCCCCUCCAAAGAGAAGGCAGAAAAGAGAUAUAGUUAAUAACCUGCCAGAAUUCAGCGUGAAAUUUGGCUUCAAAGAAUGGGUCCUAGGAAGAGUAGAAUAUACUCAAGUGAGUGACUUACCGCUGAGCUUGAUUUUGCCAUUAGUAAUUAUUCCUAUGGUGGCCAUUAUCAUCAUCUCAGUCUAUUGUUACAGACGGAAAAGUCAACAAGCAGAACGAGAAUACGAAAAAAUUAAAUCACAACUUGAAGGCUUGGAGGAAAGCGUCAGAGACCGGUGCAAAAAGGAAUUUACAGAUCUCAUGAUAGAAAUGGAAGAUCAGACCAAUGAUAUCAACGAAGCAAGAAUUCCUGUGCUGGACUACAAAACCUACACAGACAGAGUCUUCUUCCUGCCAUCCAAAGAUGGAGAAAAAGAUGUCAUGAUCACGGGGAAACUGGACAUCCCUGAAGCUAGGCGUUCAACAGUAGAACAGGCUCUGACUCAGUUCUCCAAUCUCCUCAACAGUAAAUCAUUUCUCAUUAAUUUCAUUCACACACUGGAAAAGCAAAGGGAAUUCUCUGCCCGUGCAAAAGUGUAUUUUGCAUCUCUGUUGACUGUCGCUUUGCAUGGGAAGUUAGAGUACUAUACGGACAUAAUGAGGACACUGUUCUUGGAGCUGAUGGAGCAGUAUGUGGUGGCCAAAAACCCAAAGCUGAUGCUCAGAAGAUCAGAAACGGUUGUGGAGAGGAUGCUUUCUAACUGGAUGUCCAUUUGCUUGUAUCAGUAUCUUAAGGACAAUGCUGGAGAGCCUCUUUAUAAGUUGUUCAAGGCUAUCAAACAUCAGGUGGAAAAAGGUCCUGUGGAUGCUGUGCUAAUGAAAGCCAAAUAUACACUGAACGACACCGGUUUGUUGGGAGAUGACGUAGAAUAUUCACAACUGACUGUGAAUGUGAUCGUCCAAGAUGAAGGCACGGAAUCCGUGCCGGUAAAAGUACUCAACUGUGAUACUAUUUCUCAAGUAAAGGAGAAGAUAAUAGACCAAGUCUACCGGAAUUUACCUUAUUCACAGUGGCCAAAGCCUGACAGUGUCGUUCUUGAGUGGCGUCCAGGUUCUACUGCACAGAUACUAUCGGACUUGGACCUAACAUCCCAAAGAGACGGCAGGUGGAAACGUAUCAACACCCUCAUGCACUACAAUGUACGAGAUGGAGCUACUCUCAUCUUGUCUAAAAUGGGGGUCUCCCAGCAGCCGGAAGAUCACCAGCAAGACAUGCCAGAGGAAAGGCAUGCCUUAUUGGAAGAGGAAAACAAGACCUGGCACCUAGUUCGGUCAGUAGAUGAAGUCGAUGAGGGGAAAUCGAAACGAGGGAGUAUGAAGGAGAAGGAGAGAACCAAAGCUAUUACCGAAAUCUACCUGACAAGACUUCUCUCUGUGAAGGGUACGCUUCAGCAGUUUGUAGAUAACUUUUUUCACAGCGUACUUGACUCAAACCAUGUUGUGCCACCAGCUGUGAAAUACUUCUUUGAUUUCCUUGAUGAGCAAGCAGAGAAACAUGAUAUCAAAGAUGAGGAUACGAUCCACAUCUGGAAAACAAAUAGCUUGCCACUUAGGUUUUGGGUGAACAUUCUGAAAAACCCUCAUUUCAUCUUUGAUGUUCAUGUUCAUGAAGUAGUGGAUGCUUCCUUGUCAGUCAUUGCACAGACUUUCAUGGAUGCUUGCACAAGAACAGAGCACAAAUUAAGCAGGGAUUCGCCAAGUAACAAGUUGCUCUAUGCAAAAGAAAUCUCUACGUAUAAGAAGAUGGUGGAAGAUUAUUACAAAGGUAUUCGCCAAAUGGUACAAGUAAGCGACCAGGAUAUGAAUACACAUUUAGCAGAGAUUUCUAGGGCACACACAGACUCAUUAAACACACUUGUGGCUUUACACCAGCUCUACCAGUAUACGAACAAAUACUAUGAUGAGAUCAUAAAUGCACUUGAAGAGGACCCUGCGGCCCAAAAAAUGCAGCUUGCGUUUCGAUUACAACAGAUAGCAGCUGCAUUAGAAAAUAAAGUGACUGACCUUUGAUUUGAAAGCUGCAAUAAAGAAGUCCGAUCUGAAGAUGUGUAAAUUCAUUCUUCCUGAUAAGGAAAUAGUGUUCUAUUUUUUAAUGUGUAAUUACAACUUUAAAUGGGGGGAAAUCUUUUUUUAUAGCAAAGCUGUAAUGUAAAGAGUUUUUACUGUAAAUUAUGCUUCUAAUUAAAAUCUUGUGUUGUGUGUAAUUGAAUUUCCAUUUGGAAAUGAGGGGAAGUCCUUAGGGGGCGGGGGGUGGGUGGGUGGUAAAGUUAUAGCUCAUUUAAUCAACUAGUACAAUCUUGAAGCAUCUGCAUUCUUAGAAUUCCAUUAUUCUAGUAAAUUUACUACCUAUAGUAUUCUUUAUACUUUAAGCAAUAUUUGUACUAGAAAAGUGAUAGCAUAUUGGAAAAAUAAAUGCAAUAGCCCCCUUUUGAUUUCAAUAAUUGGAUAUAUAUAUUUUUUUUAAUCUUUUGAAUUCCCAUUGUCUGUAUUCUGCUCAUAAUGAGUAGGAUAAAAGACACAUUUGCUAUUAGUUUUUUGUUGACUUACUGUAUUUUGGUACCAUACAUCUUUACAUACAUGAUAAUUAAGUGCUUAAAACUAUUGUGGUUGUGACUACAGCUCUUAAACUCAAUUUUCUGAGAUCAAAAUGGACACACUGUGGAGGAACUAAAAUGGUUUGAUCCUUUAAUUGGGAAGGGGCCAAUAUAUCCCCAAUGCCAUCUAAGGGCGAAGCUACAAGUGACGAAUGACACUUGAACGGCAAGUGUAUUUCUCCCUGUUCACUUGCUCUCCACUCAAUCCACUUGCCGUUCAAGUGUCAUUCGUCACUUGUAGCUUGGCCCUCAAUCCUUUAGAAAAAAUAUUGAGUGUUUCAACAUAGACUUCAAAGAAUUUUUAAUAUAAAGUUACCGAGCAAGUUCACCGAGUGCUUCCAAACAGCCAACACUGGUCAAACAUGCUAUUAGAGAGAAGGGAAAACGACAGAUUUUAUAAAAGAGGGAUCUCUCACUUUUGUCCACUAUACCACAGCUCUUUUGCUCUGGUUUUGCCAUAAAGGUGCUGAAUUACACAUGUAGGAAAAAGAGUCUGUGUUCAGACAAAGCAAAAGAAGUUUUUUGCUGUGUGAUCAUAUAGAGCUGUAGUAAUGGCCAGUGCCCAGAACUAAGUCUGGUGAGCUACUGGUCUCCUGAGAGGGUCUUCUUUCAUCACCCAUGAGGGACCAUGCUGAGGAUAAAGUCUUAAUUUGGUUCAGCAAUCAUGGCAAAGCAAGUUAACCUUUCACAGGUUCAUCGUUUCUGGUUUCUUUUUAAAAUUGUUACUUUUAUUAUAUAUGCUAAUGUGCCUUACUUGUACUAAUUAUGUGAAUCCGAAUGGUUUUUUUUGUAAAGAGAAUCAUAUCAAAAAUAUUUAUGUGUGUGGGUUGAUGACUUUUGUGAGAAACAUGACCAGCAGAAUGCCUGUAAUUAGCUUCCUGCCAAUUGUGUGCUGUUCAUAUGUUUCAGAUAUGUAUAUCUUUUAUUGGAAUGGUUCAUAGGAUUUUUUUUAACAGACCUGCAUCUUCACAUUAUCCUAGGGAGAUUCACUAUUUGGUUGGGGGAGGUCCCCGCUAAAACAAACAAAACUGUGUAUUAGUAAUGUAAAAUAUUCAUUGAGAAAAAAAAUCCCAUGCUCCAUUUAUCCUAAACACCACUUGAGCCUUGGAAUGCUGCAAUGGAAGGAAUAAUCAUCAUUAACAUAUUGCUGUGGAAAUUAAAGUAACUUGUCAAAAAACGUAGUGUGUGUUUACAAUCAAAGUUGGCUUCCAGGCAAUUUGAUAAAGCUUGGUACGUUAUCUUAAAUUGCUAUGUUGCACAAAAAAAGCAAUCUUUUGUUACGUUCUUCUCUCACCAUAGUUUUUGGCAGUUGAGUAGCAUUUUCAUGUAACACUGCCAUAGAAAGUUCAUUUGCCUUUUGCUGUCGCUCUGUUUUCUGUCCUGCUGUGUCUCAAAAACUCACUUGGCUCUUAACACAGUAACAGAUUUUCAGUUGCUACCUCACCCUGUACUGGAGUCACUCUAACUUUCCCCCCUUUUGUUCAUCUCCAAAUGUUUUGGUAGUCUUUUCUUGAUUUCUGUGGAGCCAACUAACUCACUGGCCGCCAACUUCAACUCAAGUGAACCAUGAGUUGGCGUAGAAGUAAAAAGGGAGAAGCAGGGUGUAAAGUCUGAUGUCUUUCCUUUAAAUAUUUACACUGUUACUUUCAUCUGCAUAUCUGGAAUGUAAGGAACUCCGAAUUGUUUGAAUCUGUUUACCUAAGAAUUGUGUGUCAAACUAAGCCUCUGUACUUGCCUUCUGUCUGAACAACAUACGUAUCCAAAUUUGCUAAUCUGUUUUAUUUUGUCAUUAUUUGUAAAUCCUGUUAAUUGUAAAUCAAAUACAUUUUUUCCACAAAGCAUUA